UGGCGUUCUGGGGUUGUAUCGUUCUUUCCUGGUGGCCGGAGCAGCCAGUGUUGUCGUCACACAAUGGAGGAUCUUUGACAAGGCAACGGCAAUGUUCAUGAAGUUCUUCUAUCAAGAUUUCAUGAGAGAAUGAUGGAUUUCAGGAUAACUUUGUUUUGGAUGGUUCUCCACAUUGCUGGAACUAACGGUUUGACUACUCCAAUUCCUGACUGUACACCAACUGAAAGGAGAUGCAACGAUAUGACUUGCCUCGCAACGGAAAAAUUCUGUGAUUUCCGCGAAGAUUGUCCAGAUGCCUCUGACGAGUUCAAUUGUCCCAAGACUUGCAAUUUUGAGAAUGGUCUGUGCUACUGGAUCCAAGACACAACAGAUGAUUUUGAUUGGAGUUUACGCGUUGGAGGUCAGGAACCAGACGGCUUUGAUGGUCCAAGAGAAGACCACACUCUAGAUAGCUUCACUGGUCAUUACAUAUACGUGGACGGAAUAAUCUCACCCGGCCGGAACUCACGAGCCCGCGUCAUCAGCCCGACCUUUGCCCUCUGUGGCCGCACGUGUAAGAUCAGUCUUUGGUAUCACAUCUUCGGACUGGAGUUUGGCGACCUCGAGCUGAUUCUGCGGACGGGAGGAUCGGAACGGAAACUUUUUAUGAUCGGCGACGAUAUCGACAACAGGAAUGACUGGAUAUUUGAGGAUUUUGCGGUGGACGCAUGCGCCACUGACUUUCAGAUAAUCAUCUCUGCUCAAAACACGCAGAGCAACCCGUCCGACGGCGGCUUUGCUAUUGAUGAUGUCCGGUUCGCAGAUUGUGCCCCCUCUGAGCCUGAAUUCAUCUGUGGGCCAAUGGAGUCGCAAUGCUCCUCCGGUCAGUGUAUCCCACUGUCUAGAGAGUGCGACUUUCAGAAAGACUGCUGCGAUUCCAGUGACGAGGGUGUUUCUACGUGUACUUCAAGGGGCUAUUCCAUGUGUGAUUUUGAAUCUGAUCUGUGCCCCACUAUUUGGAUACAAGUGACCCUUGAUGAUGAUUUUGACUGGACUCGAGGCCAGGGGGCGACAGGAUCAGACAGGCCAAGUACCGAUCACACCACCCUCGCAUCCAACGGUUACUACCUCUACACAGAGACAAGUUCGUCCACUCUGCCGAGAGAUAAAGCCCAGCUUGCCUCCUUCACCUUACGAGAUGUUCUUGUAGUAGAUGGGUGCUUGUUGCGCUUUUUCUACCACAUGCGUAGUGAACUUGUCGGCACUCUGAACGUUUACACAAUGACGGAAAUCAACGGCCCCAUGACGCUGAUCUGGGGCACGGAGGGAAGGCAAAACUACUGGACUCGCCAAGAAAUAGAACUAUCGAGCCUUGUUGACUUCAUGGUCAUCAUUGAAGGUGUGAUGAGUCUGACAGUAGAGGGCGGCAUUGCCAUUGAUGACGUCUCGUUUACGUCGGCAUGCAGGAAGACGUCCACUCCACUCCCUGUCAUUACUACCCCAGCACCAGGGACGACCAUUCCAUCACACUGUCGCAGGAAUCAGUUCUCGUGCUACGACGGCGUGAGCUGCACCGGCAGCGAUAACGUCUGCGACUUCACAGCAGACUGUCCUGAUGCUUCAGACGAGAAAACUUGUCCGUCCUCUUGUGACUUUGAGACUGACUCGUGUUUCUUCGCCGAGACGAUUGUGGAUAAUUUUGAUUGGCAUAGAGCAUCAGGGAGCGACACUAAAGCCACGCCCAAUGCCGCACCCAGGGAGGAUCAUACUUUGGGGACAGAUCAAGGGAAGUACAUGUACAUUGCAGCGUACGGGGCUAUCACCGAAUCCCAGAUUGCCGAAAUAACAGGGCCGAUAUUCUACAGCGCCGACACAAACUGCAAGAUCAGGUUCUUCUACUACAUGGCGGGGACGUUGCCAGGGGAGCUGAGCCUGUUCCUAGACGACCAGGUGACGAAGGACGAGGUGUUGCUGUGGCAGAAGAGACUGUCGCAGGGAGAACGGUGGCAGCAGGCUGUAGUUGGGAUCGGUCGGAGACAGGAGGCAUUCAAGCUUCGUUUUUCCAAGUCACGGUCUGAACAGUACCAGGGAAUGAUCGCUAUUGAUGACUUGGACUUCUUUGACUGUGAGCUCCCGCUGCCCGAGAUUGCCUGCCCCCCUUCAAAGCUCUUAUGCGAUAAUGACGCUUGUAUUCCUAGCACCGAUGCGUGUGACUUGGCCGACGAUUGUGGCGAUAGGUCGGAUGAGCUGGAGUUUUUCUGCGAUGCGACUGGUUUCAAGCGUUGUGAUUUUGAGACCGAUCUUUGUGGCUGGGUGGAGUCCACUACAGAUGAGCUGGACUGGACACGGUGGAGCGGUACGACAGAGGACAUCAACAGUGGCCCCUCUAGAGAUCACACGUAUGGCACAAGCCUUGGCCAUUUUCUUUUCUUGGAUGGGAGGUUUUCACAUACGUUUAAGGCUAGAGCUCAGCUGCUUAGCCCAAACUUCCAGGCUGCGCCGGAUGGUUCAUGCAAGAUCCGAUUCUUCUAUCACAUGUACGGAGAGGAUGUGGACUACCUCAACGUCUACGCCAAUCGCUACGCUGGGACCACCACGUUCAGCAACCCAGUCUGGUUCCGAUUCACCGAGCAGGGAAACUAUUGGCAGAGGGCCGAGAUCACGCUGGCGACCUCGUUCAACUUCCAGGUUGUGAUAGAAGCUACCAUUGGGGAUGGUUUGAACGGUGACAUUGCUAUUGAUGAUGUCUCUUUUACUCCUGGUUGCAUUGUCUACACAGGUCAGCUUCCUAACAGUCCUGCCGAUGAUGUGACAACGACAGUCGCACAACCUACGACCUCUGACACGACCGGACGCUGCUCAAUACAGCAGGUCUACUGCGCUCCGGAGAACACGUGUAUUUCAAGACGGCACGUGUGUGACUUCAGGAAGGAUUGUUCAGAUGAGUCCGACGAAGCCGGUUGUGUCACCGACUGUGAUUUUGAAACUGGUCUCUGUGGAUGGCAACUUGUAGAGCCAAGAUCCCGAGAAGGUCAAGGUUCAGAUGUAAAUCGAGGUCUCCCAACUUUUGAGUGGGUCAGGGGUCAACCCAACUCCCAGGAAGGGGGUGAGUCGAGGCCGGACACGGACCACAGCACUGGAACAGCAAAUGAGUGGUACAUGUUCGUUGACAGCUCGCCCGGCACCAUCUUUGACACCACCGAGCUCAACACACCGACCAUCAAGCAAUCCGGUGGCAACUGCCAGAUGAAGUUCUACUACCACAUGUUCGGAACGGACCUGGAUGUCCUCACCGUCUACACGGAGGCCAACGGCUAUCGGAGGACGCUGUGGUACCGGGUCGGGGGCACCAACGAGAAUAAAUGGAAGAAGGAACAGGUUUACAUCGGUGGCGUCAGUAAUUUUAAGGUUAUAAUCCAAGCUCGACGAGGUGCCAGUUUUGUCGGUGAUAUGACAAUUGAUGAUGUCACUUUCAUCGACUGUGAACCGCCAUUGUUUGACGGUACCCCGUGCACUGAGAACCAGUUUAGAUGUAGUAACUCGUACUGCAUCGAUGCGGCCAGAGUAUGUGACUAUGGCAACGAUUGCUUGGACUACUCUGAUGAGCUUCACUGCGAGGGUUACCCGGCUCGUUGUGACUUCUCUUUGGACACUUGUGGUUGGUUCCAAGAUGACGAGGAUGAUUUUGAUUGGACGCUGAGAGGGGGCAACUCGAUCAAUCCAGGCACAGGACCCCUGCAUGAUCACACAUCAUUGAAUUACGCAAACGGUUACUAUAUCUACACGGAGGCAUUGAGUCCGAGACAGCCUGGAGACAGAGCUCGAAUCCACAGUCCUACCAUGAGCAGGAAGAGCACUGAAGAUUGCAAGUUUCGUUUCUGGUACAACAUGAAAGGCAAAGAGAUCGGGAGCCUCGAGGUCAUUCAGGUGACCUCAUACCGAAUACCGGAAGAGGUCAACUUGAUCGAUUUAAUCACCGGUGAGCAAGGGGACUACUGGCAGCUCAGGGAAGUACCCAUACCGAACCGUGGAAAAGACUUUGAUAUUGUCGUGAAGGGUGUCAUUGGAGAUGGCGCCCAGAGCGAGAUCGCAUUGGAUGACUUCUCCUUCUCUGGCUCCUGCAUUGGGGGCGGAGUCAUGGUAGACUCCCCCUUCAACAACUCCACGCGACAGUACUGCACAGACGGCCGACUGAAGUGCGCCAUUACGAACCAGUGCUACGACGAGCUGAGCCGAUGCGACUUUGUCGUCGACUGUGCGGACAGGUCGGACGAAAUCUGUGGAAACAGCUGUGAUUUUGAAAUGGAUACCUGCGGCUGGAAAGACUCGUACAAGGAAAGCCUUGACUGGAUGAGAGGCAGUGGAGAUCAGACAGAGAACCUGAACACCGGACCCACGACCGACCACACCCUACAGACAGAUCUAGGUUACUACCUGUACGUGGAUACCAGUCGCUCAUCUGAUAUCAUUGGAGACGCUCAGGAGAAAGCCCACCUCCAGUCGUUGGCCUACCAGCACUCCGGGGGCGCCUGCACGCUGUCGCUAUGGUACCACAUGGAGGGCAAUACCAUUGGCUCUUUAGGGGUGUUCAUCAGGACAGAUCGAAAGGUCACACAACUCUUUGCUGUAGCAGACAACCAGGGGUCAGCGUGGCAGUUUACCGGCGACCUUCUCAUCGGUCGACAAGAUAAUUUUGCUAUCGUCAUCGAGGCCGUCAGAGGUAGCGUUGUCAGCGGGAAUAUCGCCAUUGACGACGUCACUUUAGAAAACUGUCGAGAUGAUGAUUUCACCAGGUCUUGCUCAGACGCUGAGUUCACAUGCAGCAACGGUCAGUGUAUCGCCCUCACUCGGGUCUGCGAUUUCGGUUUCGAUUGCACGGAUGGUGGAGAUGAAGAAAAUUGUGAGCGCCAGCCUGCCGACUGCCGUUUCGACGAUUACCCGUUCGCAACUUCCUGCGGCUGGAGACAGCUCGACAGCGACAAUUUUGACUGGUCCCAGGGAGAGAGCACACCAACUACCAGCACUGGGCCGAGUACCGACCACAGUGCAAGAGGGAGUUUCCUAUACAUCGAAGCAUCGGGGCGGAGGCAAGGCGACCUCGCCCGAGUUGCCACGCCCAUCUUCCCGGCCAGUAGCAACGUAUGCUUGAUGCGAUUCUGGUACCAUAUGGAGGGCUCAAAUGUCGGCACAUUACAGGUCUACACCAAAUCUUCCUCCUCCGAUGGUCACAUGACCCUGAUGUGGACAGCGACGGGGAACCAGGGAAGCAGCUGGAAUUACGGCAGUCUCUUUGUCUCCAAUAACAACAACUUCUCUGUGGUGUUCCAGGCGAUCGUCGACACCUCCACAAACGCCGAUAUCGCCAUCGAUGACGUUUCAUUUAUGGAAGGUUGUGGAAACCCAGAAGCUGGACCGCCAAUUGACGUCGGUGGUUCCUGUGGAUACGAUGAAGUUCUCUGCCCGGCCGAUAAAAUCUGCAUUCCCAAGACAUGGCUUUGUGAUGGUGUCGUGGAUUGCCCAACAGACGUCUAUGAUGAACGACAAGAUGGAUUCGUGUGUUCUAUAAAUUCCACAAAUCCUGAUGAGGAAAACUUUGAGCCAAAUGUAGGAAACAGCAUCGGUUUGAUUGUUGGUCUCACCGUCCUGAUUCUCGUCAUCGCCAUUGGUCUCAUCACGGUGGCAGUGUACUUCGUCAAAUUCAGACAACCGAAGAAAGACUUGGAUUCUCCAGUGGUCUCAACAGGACUUGACAACCCAAACUACGGCGGGCGACCAUCCACUGGCCUACCGGGUGAUGGACAGAAUGACACACCCAGUGAGAUCCAGUACACCCCCGAGGGGGUGGGAUUCAGCAAUCUUAAAGAAGAGACAGCCUGAGGUAAAAAACUACUCAUCAAGCACUACCCUAAAAAAAAAAAACACUUUGAAGUUGUUGUUUUUUUUUUU